UUGAAAUGACAAAUAGACAUUUUUUGGGGGGGAGAAAUAUUCAUUUGAGGAGCGAGAGUGAAAGAAAUGCUUCUUUUGUGGAUGGGGGAACGACCAAAUUUGAGGGGGGGGGUCUUCCUCACUGUGCCCCCCUCCCCAUCCCCAAGGUGCUGCUGAUGGUGGGGCUGCCGGGCUCUGGGAAAACCCAAUGGGCUCAAAAACACAGCGCAGAGAACCAGGAGAAACGUUACAACAUCCUGGGCACGGAGCUGGUGCUGCACCAGAUGAGGACAAGGGGUCCUGAAGUGGAAGAGCUGGACGCCAAGAGCAAGGACCUGCUGAUCCAGCAGGCUGCCCAGUGCCUUAGCAAGCUGGUUCAGAUCGCUCCCAGAGCCAAGAGGAACUUCAUCCUCGACCAGUGCAACGUGUACAACUCGGGGCAGCGGCGCAAGCUGUUGGCAUUCAAGGGGUUCUGCCGUAAGGUGGUGGUGGUGGUGCCCACUGAGGAUGACUGGAAGAAGAGGCUGGAGCUGCGUAAAGAGGCCGAGGGGGAGGAUGUGCCCGAGUCUGUCAUGCUGGAGAUGAAAGGUGGGCUUCAGGAAUGGUGCUUGGAGACCCAGAAAUGACCCUCGGGGGCCUAG